UCUAGAUGUUUUAAAUCCACAGCCAUUCAAAAAUCACACAAAAACGCGUUUUGGCUGAGCAAAAUAAAGACUGGAAAAUAUCACAUCCAGGCCUUUACCUUCUAAAAUUAAACCUCUAACAAGCAAUUGCCAACUUCAGUGGCCAACAUGUUUCCCGAUGACUACGACGUUGAACCCUUCAAUCCGUUCAAUGUGGGACCUGCGAAUAGUGGAGCCCGUUCCGAAUUCAAGAUCCCGACCUGUGUUACGUAUCCGCCACCGGUUUUCGUAGCCAAGCCCGAGUAUUCGCAGUCGUCGGCGGAGGAGCAGUCUGAAUCGCUGGCCCGGGAGAGCAGGUCAAGGUUGGGCCAGACGACAAAGCUCGGUGAGGUGGCCAUUUCCAAGGCCAUUAAAGAGGAGAUGACCGUGGCCAAGAAGCAGGCCGCAGCUAUCCAUGAGAAGGACCGCAUUGAUGCGGGCGGAGUAUCAAAGAUGAAGCUCACCGAGGAUUCGGUGGCCAAGGAGUCGUUACGCACUUUAAUGCCAGUGAGGUCGAGCCGUCAGGCCAGCGGAGAGGGUGGUGCCCAAAUAUCCGCAUCAGAUUUAAGUGUGGCUUCCAAAACGAACAGUGUUACCAAGCGAAGUCAAGCCAGCAUCGAGGCCAAAGCUUCGAAAACUUCCCGGGGAAAAUCUGAGGUCACCAACAAGAGUUUUUCUAACACUACGCUCACUCCAAAAUCCAUUUUGAAGUCACCAAAAAACUCGGAGUUAGAAAAUGUUUCCACUAGCACAAUUAAAUCAAAAGUGUCGGAAACGGGAACUCAUAGCUCCAACAAUUCAAAGACUGAGAGAUCUCCAUCUAAACUCUCCCAAAAAUCAAAAAAGGCUGAUUCCGUCUCCCAACAAUCCAUCAAGAUCGAAGUGAAGAACCAGGAACAACCCGCCUCUGAUCCCAUCUCCAAAAAUGUCAAGGAAACCGCUUCGAAUGCUCAGAUUAAAUCAAGGAGCAACAUGUCCAGUGUUCUGCCUGAAUCAAAAGAUGGGCCAAGCUAUAUUCUGUCUGAAACUGCCCUCUCCUACCGGCAAUCCCUGAACCAGCAGGCUGCCGAGAUGGCGGAUCGCUUGAAUGCCGGUAAUGAAAACUUCAGGCGCUACAACUCGGUGGCUCGAAAUCACUCGAUCGCAGUGCCUCAAAAACUUUCUCAAGGGGAUCGCAUGACUUUCUGGUUCAGCGAUGCUGUACUUUCCUAGAAAACUUAAAUACUUAAACGUAAUAGUUAUGGAAAAAUCCUUCGACAAAGGCUGCUGACAAUUGCUGUUGAGUCAGACAGAUAAAUAAAAAUUAAAAUUAGCAGUUUUUACAUCCCA